AGGGUGCAAGGGUGAAACUUCAACGCCGCCUCGCCCCAAACUCUACUCCGUACGCUGCCGGCCGUAUGUACGUCUUGUGCGCGCACCAUCAUGUGUUGCCAAUACGAGUUUCAGCCUCUGCCAGGGGAAGUUACAUUGCAGCAUCCACGCAGAUCCACCGUCCCUGACCCGGUGCAUACACGCCCCACUCCACAAACGGGUGUUACUGUACAUGUCUUCGACGUUGCCAACGGUGAGCCUCGCAUUCCUCCUACUCUCAUUCCUCCCUCUCUGUCUGGCGUACUCCCGCUUCUCUGCCACCCUUUGUCGCUCGUUACUGCAUUUCCGGAAGCCCAGUCUUCCACCCACGCUCGUUUUCGAGUUCUUCUUCUUCUUCUUCUUCUUCAAGUCCUUCCAUUCCUACCGCAUACCCGAGUCCGAGCCAGUCCUUCAAGCCAUCUUCAAGCUCCACCCUCCACUCCACAGCCGCCUAAAGAUUCAAGGCGCCCGCACGAACCAACAUGGCCAUCUUCCGCCCAAUGCAUCCACGCAGCUCGCUCCGACGGCUCAAGACAGCCUUCAGUCCCUUCUCGCAUUCCGCCUCGCCAGCUUCCGCAUCAUCUCGACUGCCGUUAUCCUCAGCGGGCACCACCGCCUCGUCCAACUGCUCCGGCUUCAGCUUCGACUCGGACUCUUCAUCUUUGGAAUCUUUGGCACGCCCUGGCAGCAAUCACCGACGAAUCAGGGCCGUUCGCAGUGCGUUGGAAUUGCAGCAGGAGGAGGAAAGAGUCGGCUUCGCUCACGAGCUGGUCGCCAUGGUCGAGCCACGUCCUGUUCUCGGGCCGUCGUUGGGUGGGAUUGAAGAGAUCCUUGAGGGCCGCAUUUGAUAUGCAACCCCUCGUAACCCCUUGAGCUUUUUGUAAUGUUAGAGGGAAAGCUCACACGGUGGGUGAGCUGCUGAGGACACGGCGUUACGACUUUUGAUACGAUACGCCAUGAUGCGUGCUGGCACGGAGGAGGAUUGGUCAGGGGACAAUCGAUCUAGGUCCUCUCCGUUC